AUGUCUUCAUUCAAUCCCCUAACUUCUAUCCUGAAUCAAAAUAAACUAGAAGGUCAUAACUAUGUGGACUGGAAACGUAAUUUGGCUAUUGUUCUUACUGCUGAGGGUUUCAAAUUUGUGCUGGUUGAGGAAUUUCCUAUUAAGUCGGUCGAACCCACUGAUGAUGAGACUAAAGCCUACAAUAAGUGUGUUAAGGCUGACAAGAUAGUGAGAUGCUACAUUCUUGCCUCAAUGACAAAUGUAUUGCAGCAUCAGUAUCAGUUCAUGACUACUGCUUAUGAUAUGCUCAAAUCUCUCAAAAACAUGUUUGGUGAGAAAAAUCGUGCUGCAAAGCAAAUGACCAUAAAAUUCCUCUUGACUAUGAAAAUGAUUGAAGGAACUUCAAUGAGGGAGCAUGUUCUUAAAAUGAAAAGUCUGUUGUAUGAGCUGAAAAUUCUUGGUGUGGUUAUUAAUAAGGAAUCUUAG